UGGUAGAAACGGUACUAAAGGCGGGGCUAAGCAAGUGAAAACAUCGAAAACUUUGUUAGCGAUCAGCUAAUGUCGCCCCGUCGCCUCUGUUGACAAUGGCGUAAACUUGGAACACAUUCCCCGGGAGACACCGUAAAGAUGACUUGCCGCACAGAAGGUGACAAUGGAGACCUCUGUGGAUGGGCCAAUUCAAUGCUGCUCCACAGAAAAAAUGAUAUCUCAGCGGUGACAUCACGAGUGCAGCAAUUUGUGGAGGAGAGGAUGCAGACCACUAUGCUCACAGGUGUCCUGAUAGGUGCCGCCGUCGCAGUCGCAAUGAUUGGGAUUGUGGUACUCUUUUUGUACAGGAGGUUCAAGCAUGCUCGUGAACGGCAGGCUGGUGUACCUCAUUAUCGCUUCAGAAAACGAGAUAAAGUGCUCUUCUAUGGUCGAAAAAUCAUGCGCAAGGUCCAAACUUUGUCCUCAAUUCCUCCUACUACUUCGCCAUCUACUUCCGUGUCAAAGCAACCGCAGCGUGUACGCAAGAGAACCAAAGUUCUGAGCAUUGCUCGCAAAAUCCUUCGUAUCCGGAAGGACCCUCCUACUCUUCAGCCCAAAGAACCGCCACCCUCUCUGCUGGAGGCGGACCUGACUGAGUUUGACGUUCAGAGCUCAAAUCUGCCCUCUGAGGUGCUCUACAUGCUGAAGAAUGUGAGGGUGUUGGGACACUUUGACAAGCCCCUCUUCCUCGAGCUGUGUCGCCACAUGGUGUUUGUUGAGCUCCAGGAGGGUGAGGGUCUUUUCAAGCCCGGCGACGACGACGACAGUAUUUAUGUGGUCCAAGAUGGACGACUUGAGCUCUGCAUCUUUGAGAACGAUGGCACAGAAGUAGCGGUGAAGGAUGUUCUUCCCGGCGACAGCGUGCACAGCUUGCUCAGUAUUCUGGACAUCAUUACGGGGUAUCCAGCUCCGUACAGGACCGUUUCCGCUCGUGCAGCCACCCGCUCCACCAUCUUACGUUUGCCUGCAUCCGCCUUUGAAUCUGUGUUCAAGAAAUACCCCGAGACACUCGUGCGUGUCAUUCAGAUAAUCAUGGUGCGGCUCCAAAGAGUCACUUUCCUAGCGCUGCAUAACUACCUGGGCCUGACGACCGAGCUCUUCAAUCCGGAGAGCCACGCGGUGCCUUUGUCCAACGUGAACAAUGUGGCGAGCGAGGCAGUAUCAGGCAAGACGAUACGCCGUUUGCACUUCCAGGAUGAGUUAGGUGUGGGGACCAGUGAGAGCCCCUCAGAGACAGCAGAUGGUGCAAAGGACAGUCCUUCGCACAGCCACAAGAAACAGCGAUCCAUCUCGAUGACCCCCGACAGCGCAGGCGACAUGAACAUGGUGUGCGAACGGGCUCGAGUCCACAUCGAUGAGACUCCGCCCAGUCCUGCCGCGCAGAAGUCUAGCCUGAAGAAGAGCGUGACCACCCAGCUCACGCCAUCUGAGGUGUUUCACUACACCGACAGCGGGGGGCAAUCUGAUGCCGUCCACCUCAGCAAGAGCGGGACAAUCUUCCAGGCCGCCAAAAGAGACCUGCUAGGGAUCAUCCAGUUGCAGGAUCCCAGCCUGCUUGAGGGAAGAGUGACCCUCCAUCAAGUGAAAGCCGGUUCUGUUGUGGCUCGUCAGGGAGAUCAGGAAGUGAGCAUUCAGUUUGUUAUUUCGGGCCUCCUGCACGUUUACCAGAGGAUGAUUGACCGUGAGGAAGACACCCGCCUUUUUGUGACGCACCCCGGCGAGCUUGUCGGCCAGCUCGCCGUCCUGACUGGCGAGCCCCUCAUAUUUACUGUUCGAGCGCAGCGGGACUGCAGCUUCCUCUCCAUUUCCAAAACCCAUUUCUACGAGAUAAUGCGCGUGGAGCCAAAAGUGGUGCUGAACGUUGCACACACCGUGGUGAGGAGGAUGUCAUCCUUUGUCAGACAGAUCGACUUUGCGCUCGACUGGAUGGCCGUGGAAGCCGGCAGGGCCGUCUACAGGCAGGGAGAGAAAUCUGACAGCACUUUCAUCGUGCUCAGCGGACGACUGCGCUCUGUAAUCAUGAAGGAGGAUGGCAAGAAGGAACUGAUAGGAGAGUACGGCCGGGGCGACCUGAUUGGAGUGGUGGAGGCCCUAACCCAUCAAAACAGAGCCACCACCGUCCACGCCGUACGUGACUCUGAGCUGGCCAAGCUGCCUGAGGGCGCCCUCAGCUCCAUCAAGAGGAAGUUCCCACAGGUUGUCACCAGGCUCAUCCAUUUGCUCGGACAGAAGAUCCUCCAGCAGGUGAAUCUUCCUCUAACAGGUCGCAGCUUGGUGCUGCACACCCCUGGCAGUAAAUGGGACGCAGGCAACCAAGCCUCCAACCUCUCCACAGUGACAGUCCUUCCUGUGUCUGAAGAGGUGCCACUCACCACCUUUACCUUGGAGCUGCAGCAUGCACUCCUCGCAAUAGGUCCCACACUUCUGUUGACCAGUGAUAUAAUUAAGCAACGCCUCGGGGCUGCAGCACUAGACAGUGUUCAUGAAUAUCGUCUGUCAAGUUGGUUGGGGCAACAGGAAGACAUCCAUCGCAUAGUUCUCUACCAAACGGACUACACGCUGACCCCCUGGACGCAGCGGUGCAUUCGUCAGGCAGACUGCAUCAUCAUCGUGGGCCUGGGCGAGCAGGACCCCGCUGUGGGAGAGCUGGAACGCAUGUUGGAAGGAAGUGCCGUGCGCGCCCAGAAGCAGCUGGUGCUGCUGCACAAAGAAGACGGGCCCCCUCCCAAGGGGACUGUAGACUGGCUGAACAUGCGGAGCUGGAUCUCCAGACACCUCCAUUUAUCAUGUCCACGACGGGUGUUCUCCAAGAGGAGUCUGCCCAAACUGUUGGAGUUGUAUCAACGUGUGUUUGAGAAGCCGGCAGACCGCCAUUCAGAUUUUUCCCGACUGGCCCGGGUCCUCACUGGGAAUGCCAUUGCUCUUGUUCUGGGUGGAGGCGGGGCCAGAGGUUGUUCUCAGGUGGGGAUCAUUCGAGCCCUCUGUGAAGCCGGCAUCCCCAUUGACCUCAUCGGCGGCACUUCUAUCGGUUCUCUGUUGGGGGCGCUUUACGCCGAGGACCGCAGCCACAGCCGCAUGAGGAUGAGGGCUCGCGAAUGGGCGAUGGAAAUGACUUCAGUUUUCAAAAAGGUCCUAGAUUUAACGUACCCGGUCACAUCCAUGUUCUCUGGUGCGGCCUUCAACUCUGGCAUCAGCAAUGUCUUUAAGAGCAAGCAAAUUGAGGACCUUUGGAUACCAUAUUUCAAUAUCACUGCUGACAUCACUGCCUCUGCGAUGAGAGUGCACACUGAUGGUUCUCUGUGGAGGUAUGUUCGUGCUAGCAUGUCCCUUUCGGGGUAUCUGCCUCCUCUUUGUGACCCCAAAGAUGGACACCUGCUUAUGGAUGGUGGCUACAUCAACAACCUGCCAGCUGAUGUGGCGCGCUCCAUGGGGGCCAAAGUGGUGAUAGCUAUCGACGUGGGCAGCCGCGACGAAACCAACCUCACUAAUUACGGCGACUCGCUGUCAGGCUGGUGGCUGCUAUGGAAACGGCUCAACCCCCUAGCAGAGAAAGUCAAGGUUUUGAACAUGGCGGAGAUUCAGACCCGCUUGGCUUACGUGUGCUGCGUUCGACACCUGGAGUCGGUGAAGAGCAGCGACUACUGCGAGUAUAUCCGACCCCCCAUUGACAGAUACCGGACGCUGGAGUUCGGGAAGUUCGAUGAGAUAGCUGAGGUGGGAUACCAGCACGGGAAGACCGUGUUUGAUGUGUGGAGUCGCAGUGGAGUGGUGGAGAAAAUGCUCAAAGACAGACACCAGGAGGAGUUUCACAACACACAAUGCAAGAACAAUGUGUUGACAUGUCCCAACGCUUCCUUUACCGACUUGGCUGAAAUCGUGUCCCGCAUUGAGCCUGUCAAACCUGCCCUGGUGGAUGAGGAGUCAGACUACCAAACUGACUAUGACGAGGAGGCAGCGGAGAGCGCACUCUCUGACCUGGAGCUUUACGGUCACUAUGGAGAGCACACUGAAGGGGACGAGACUGCGGACACGGAUGAAGAACUGGAUGAAAGAAAUAUCCGACGCGUCAAUGCAGUCUCCGGCCGCGUACCCUCGCCGAGCACCUCAGCCAAUCAGGAAGUACUUUCUGAAUGUUCCAACAAGUGAUGAGUGCAAUUACGAAGGAACAUUAGACCACCACCGUUGGCCUCAUUUGCAGUCCUAUCUCAACCACACGACUCUUGGAAGAUUAACCUGCAUUCAGCUUCGUCUCGCUCUUUCCCAAUCAUCAGCGUUUCUCAUAUUGAGAUAAUCUAACUUUAAACUGAUUGCAUCAGUCAAGAAGCGAAGGAAGGUAAUUUAUAAAGAGUAUUAGGAAAAAAGACUGAAAAGACCCCCCCCCCAAAAAAAAAAAAAACAAAAAAAAAACGGUACUUCGGGAAGUCGUAGAAUUAUGACACGGAAGUCUAACCCAAGCACAGUGCAAGCUCACUAAAAGCACUUUCUGUCACAGUCUAUGAUUGGUUUUCUGUCAUCGCUUAUCCUGUUCAGCGUUGUAGGGGGCUGGAGGCAACUCUGGGCGAACGGUGGAUUGACUGCACCCAGGAAAAGCGGCGAAUCAACCACAAGGCACACGCAGCGGCAGAGAGCCACUCACGAUCUCGCUCUGAACGGGGAACCGAACCCAUGCUGUCAUGGGAUUGAACCACUGCAGCAAUAAAUCUUACUGUGCGUAUUUGAAUUCUAAACUAACACAACUCAAAUUGAAUGCAGUAACAGAGUUUUUGGAGAAAACAUCCUUUAUUUCCACAGCAAGCAGUAUUUUGGGAGUUAGUUAACAAUAUCAAAAAAGAGACUUUAAGAUGUUUAUUGACACAUAGAACCAAUCAUAGUUUACUGUGAAACUAACAUUAAGCAAAGAGAUCAUGUUUCUCAUUUAAAAUAACACAACUUUGCCUUAAGAAUCUCUGCUAGUUGGACGCAAGCGCACAAUGUAAAAUUCGUUGACGACCUAUAACUUUUGAAAUAUUUGAACAACAGCAGUGAAACUACGCACAUAGAUUACAAUUUAAUCAGCAAAGUCCCCUCGUGGUGAACAUCUUCUACCUCAGUUCUGAAGUCCGAAUCUCUACUCUGAUCUUCAUGUUCGGAGUUUGCAGGCCCCCCAAUGCUCGAUUGUUUUUUUUUUUUUUUUUUUUUUUUUUUUUAGAAUAAUUGUAAACUUCCAAAAAGCCCGGGUUGUGACUGCCUCUCGUCCAAAGUCAGCUGUUAAAGACCUUUAAAUACAGAAUGCCUUUUUUUUUUUUUUUUUUUUUU